AAACCACGCCUAUGGAGCCACACAAUUGGUCCGAAAGCGUCAAAGAGCCAAUCAAGGAGGCUCCAGCUCCCUUGUAACCCACAACACAUCCAUACAAUCUGGUGCACGCAGAGCACAGACUCACAGGGAAUUCUCAGAGCUGAGAGGCUCCUUCUCCCUCUCUCUCUCUCUCUUUCUCUUUUCCUCUCUUUCUCCCUCCCCCUUUUUCUCUUCCUUUCUCUUUCCCUCUCUCUCUCUCUCCCUCUGUCCUUUGCUGGAGCGGAGACAAAAGUACAAUCCUUCCAGAUUUGAUUUUAUUUUUAGAGCAGAGUGAAAGAGAAAGAGAGGGGGGGAAAUUAAAAAAAAAAAAAAAAGGGAAAGAAAAAAAAAAAAAGGAGGAGGGUGAAAGAAAUAAGAGAUCCUGAUGGAAAUCAGGGCACCCUGACCAGCUCCUGCUGGGAGAGUGGGGAAGGCGAGGAGGAAACGAGAUUUCCCUACAAGUUUUUGCUGCUGAAGGUUUCUCAGGAGCCUUCCUCGGUCGGCGAGGGGGGGUGGGUUUGUUUGCUUCUUUCUGCUUUCCCUCCCUUCCCAGCCUCUGCUCUGCAGCCUGACCGUACGGAGGAAAGGUGGAGGGGUGGGGGGGAGGGGGGGGGGAAAGCCAACCACCCAAAAAGAAAACCCAGCUUCGAGCCGUCACCCUCCGCCACGAAAGAAGAGAAAGGGGAUUGAGACUAAGAGAAAAAAGAAGAAGAAGAAAAAAAAGGAUCUCGGCUAGCCCAGCCCUUCUGCGGCAACAGGAGCAGACAGCGAACCCGGUGGAUUUUUUUUUCUCCCCCUUCUUCGGCGUUUCUUUUCCAGCGCAAGGACUUUCACUCAGGAAGACAAAACACCACAAAAAUCAAAACCUGCAGAGACCGAACACACAAAAAAAGCAAGACUAAUAAUGAACAAUCCUGUUAAUCCGCUGUCCCGAGGGCUGGGGAUGUGCCCCGGCUCGGGAAAUUGUAGGCUGUAGAAGUUCUGCCUCUCCCCCCCAUGUACUGUGCUGUCUAGAGCUUGUUUUCCCCCCACCCUAUUUUUUGGUGCUUUAUUGCUGUUAUUGUUAUUAUCUUAAUUUUUCUUCUUCAUGAUGUGCUGUUAGAAACCACUCCGGGACUACUCCAGCAGUAGGAAGACCGAGGAGUGGAGUAGAUGAAUAUACCGAUGAGAGAUCCAGUAAUCCCUGGGACAAGCAUGGCUUAUCAUCCUUUUUUACCUCACCGGGCACCGGACUUUGCCAUGAGCGCUGUGUUGGGACACCAGCCUCCCUUCUUCCCGGCCCUGGCUUUGCCUCCCAACGGGGCAGCUGCCCUUUCCCUUCCCGGGGCUCUGGCUAAACCCAUCAUGGAUCAGUUAGUGGGAGCUGCAGAGACUGGUAUCCCCUUUUCUUCCCUGGGUCACCAGGCAGCAGCUCAUCUGAGGCCUUUAAAAACUUUGGAGCCAGAAGAAGAGGUGGAAGACGAUCCGAAAGUGCAUCUGGAAGCCAAAGAGCUUUGGGAGCAAUUCCAUAAAAGAGGCACGGAGAUGGUGAUUACCAAAUCGGGAAGGAGAAUGUUUCCUCCAUUUAAAGUGAGGUGCACUGGACUGGAUAAAAAGGCCAAGUACAUUUUAUUGAUGGAUAUCGUGGCGGCUGAUGAUUGUAGGUACAAAUUCCAUAAUUCCCGGUGGAUGGUAGCCGGCAAAGCUGACCCUGAAAUGCCAAAGAGAAUGUACAUCCACCCGGACAGCCCGGCCACCGGCGAACAAUGGAUGUCCAAAGUCGUCACCUUUCACAAGCUGAAGCUCACUAACAACAUCUCUGACAAGCACGGAUUUACCAUUUUAAACUCCAUGCACAAGUACCAGCCCCGCUUCCACAUCGUCCGAGCCAACGAUAUUCUCAAGCUUCCCUAUAGCACGUUCAGGACCUACGUUUUCCCGGAGACUGAAUUCAUCGCAGUGACCGCAUACCAGAAUGAUAAGAUCACUCAAUUAAAAAUUGACAACAAUCCCUUUGCCAAAGGUUUUCGGGACACCGGGAAUGGAAGGAGGGAAAAAAGGAAGCAGCUGACCCUGCAGUCCAUGCGGGUGUACGACGAGAGGCAGAAGAAGGAAAACCCCACCUCGGACGAGUCCUCCAACGAGCAGACGGCCUUCAAGUGCUUUGCCCAGUCCUCCUGCCCCGCCGUGCCUGCUGUCGGCACCUCGAGCCUCAAAGAUCUCUGCCCCAGCGAGGGAGACAGCGAUGCAGACAGCAAAGACGAUCCCUUGCUAGAAGGCAACGAGGCCGGGAAAAUCAGCACGACCACCGCCACCACCCCAGCCCCCGCCAGCUCCGCCGCGGCCCCGGGAGACGACCCUCGGGAAAAGGGGGGCAGCCCCUCCAAAAGCCACUUUUUCCCCGGUGAUUCGGCGGGGAAUCGAAGCCGAGAGAGGACGGAGAAAGCCCCUCCGGACUCCCGGCACAGCCCGGCUACUAUCUCUUCCAGCACUCGAGGGGGAAGUUUGAGCGGCGAGGAACUGAAAAGCCCCCUCAGGGAUGGUCCCAAAGUAGAUGAGAACCGGCUGCUGGGUAAAGAGCCCUUCACCCCCCUCACGGUCCAGACCGACAGCACGGCCCACCUGAGCCAGGGACACUUGCAAAACCUCGGCUUUCCCCCAGCCCUGGCCGGCCAGCAGUUCUUCAACCCGCUGGGGAACGGGCACCCGCUGCUGCUGCACCCCGGGCAGUUCGCCAUGGGGGGGGCUUUCUCCGGCAUGGCCGCGGGGAUGGGGCCACUGCUCGCCACCGUCUCCGGGGCGUCCGCCGGGGUCUCUGGACUGGACAACACGGUCAUGGCCACGGCGGCGGCCCAGGGACUCUCGGGAGCAUCGGCUGCUGCUUUACCUUUCCAUCUGCAGCAGCAUGUCCUGGCUUCUCAGGGCCUGGCCAUGUCUCCCUUCGGAAGUCUCUUCCCUUACCCCUACACCUACAUGGCAGCGGCGGCCGCCGCCUCCAGCGCGGCUUCCAGCUCGGUUCACCGACACCCCUUCCUCAGCGCCGUGCGGCCGCGGCUCCGCUACAGCCCCUACCCCCUGCCCGUCCCCCUGCCCGACGGCAGCAGCCUCCUCACCACCGCCCUGCCCGGCCUGGCCGCCGGCUCUAGCGAAGGUAAAACCGGGGGUUUAAACACCAGUCCCGCUUCCGUCCCUCUGGACUCCGCUUCGGACCUCACCAGCCGCUCAUCCACCCUCUCCUCCGGCUCCGUUUCCCUCUCCCCCAAACUGGGCGCGGACAAAGAAGCGGCCACCAGUGAACUUCAAAACAUCCAGCGCCUGGUCAGUGGGCUCGACCCCAAGCAGGACAGAUCCCGCAGCGGUUCCCCAUAACACACCCCCCCCCCGACCUCCAGGAGCUCAUUUCAAAUCAAUCUCGCAGUGCACUUUGUUUGAAAGAAACCACAUCCUCCACCCGCGAGUUAUUUUAUUAUUAUUAUUAUUAUUAUAUGAUGAUGAUGAUGAUGAUUUUUUUUACCCCCCUCUUCGAUUUUGUUUGUUCUUCCCCUUUCUACUCGUUUGAAUAUCAAAUCCCCCGGAGUUGUGAGCGGUUUUGUCAACUAAAAGGUGAAGUAGGGGGGGGAUGAGAGGGUAGGGAAGGGGUGAGGGAUGGGGAAAUGGAGCCGAGGUGGGGGAGCUGGGUUGGAGGCUGCUCAUAAGGAGCAACUGGUGGGGUUGUGGCAUCCUCCUUGAUUUUUAUUUUUCAACUGUGUAAAACAAAAAAAACCCACAACACAAACAACCAACAAACAAAAAAACAGAAAAAAAAAAGAAGAAAAAAACACCUAAAAGCAAAAAAAAAAAAUCAAACAAACGUAUGACUUAAAAAUUAAGUUAAAUAGGUGAUUUUUUUUGGUGGUGUUUUUUUUUUUUUCCCCUUCCAGAAAGAAAAGUGUGUAAGUAACUCACAUAUUGGUUCUUCAAACAGUUGUUUCCUGGGUGGGUUGUUAAUGACAACCCCCUCAGCUAAUAUUAAGGGAAGCUGUGUGUUUAAAAUAUUCUUGUGAUGUCUCAGAGCCACUCGGUGGCUUUUUGUUUUGUUUUGGUUUUUUUUUGCAUGUUCCAUAGUCGUCUGCUUUUUUUAAUGACUUUUUUUUUUUUCGGGGGGGGGCGGGGAUGUGUUUUGGUUUUAUUUCGGUGGGGUUUUGUCGUUUCUAUUGAACGCUCGUUUCAAAUCCCAGGGAAAAACAAAACAGAACGAAACCAAACCCAAAAAACCAACACAACGACCCCAGGAUUAUGAAUAGUGAUAAGGAAAACGAAAAUAAGACCCCUCGUCCCUCUACCUUAAACAUCCUCCCUGUAGCAACGUCAAUAAGAAGUGUAGUUGGAAAGCAAAAAAAAAAAAAAAAAAGGCAAAAAAAAAAGCGAUUUUAUUUUAUCUAAACCCCUCUGUAGCUCGACUGUAGGUUUAUCACAGCUUUCCCUCUUUAAUUGUAUAUGCAAUAACAAGGUUUAAACGUGCUGAGAAGAAGAAAAAAGCGGACACUAUUAUUAAAAAAAAAAACACAAAGUAUUUAUGUAAUUAUUUGAUAACUCUUGUAAAUACGUGGAAUAUGAAUACUCGAAAUUAAACUUUAAUUUAUUGACAUUGUA